AUGCGCUUCCUCACCAUCGCCGCCGCAGCUCUUGCUUGUGCCUCGGGCGCCCUCGCUGUGGACCAGGAGAAGUCCAUCAUCGUCACCUUUCCAAACGAGGUUACCAGCGACGUCAUCAACCGCGCCAUGGACGAGAUCAGGAAGGCUGGCGGUACCAUUACCCAUGAAUAUAACCUGAUCAAGGCUUUCGCUGCCAAGGCGCCACAGAAGGUCAUCGAGUCCAUGUCGGUGUGGACCACCAGCGAGUACCACGCUAUCGUCGAGGAGGACCAAACUGUCACAAUCUCCAACACCAACAACAGACAGAACCACUAA